AUGAACGAGACGGGACGAGACGAAGAUGAGAAAGGUCGCCGCAAGCGAUGGCUGCCGAUACGAAGCACUGGCACCUGCACCUCGAACCCGGGCCAGACAAGAGCUUGUUUCACAGCCGUCAAACAAAGGACAGCCCUGCCUGUCCUGCCUGUCCGCCUGCCUGCAACUCUGAUCCACAAUUCUUGCAUUGUGUACAUUGUAUACACCGAGACCAGCCUGUUCCUGCAACCACACGCUCUGUCGCUCAUCCUGCUCUCGAUUCAUGCCUGUAGGGCUGCUGUAAGGCUAUCAGUUUGUCUUGGCAUCAUCCGCAUUGAUCUAUCGACCCAAGACGGCAACGCACUAGUCGAGCGGGCUGACGGGUUCGUUGCGGCGGCCAUCGCUUCGCUUCGCUUCGCAUGCAUCGCAUCAACUCGUCUCCCUGUGUCAUCACACACACACCAUACCCCUGACCAGAAGCGGGCCACCGCCAGCACCACCGUCCGCCGUCAAUCACGGCCACCUGGUGACAGAGUGACCUCUCUCACACACUCGCUCACACACUCACACCGUGCCCGUGCCUGGGUUGCUUCACCCCAGUCCCGCCUCUACGGCCAGCAAUUGAGUCUUUCUCAGCCAAGCAAGGCCUCCCUCAGACUCUGCCUUUGCCUAGAUACCGUCUCGGUCUGGCGACUGUGGAACAAGCCACCCCCGGAUGCCCCAGGCCCGCCAGCAAGACACCCACCCCGUGGCUGCAGCUUCUGCGGCAUCGCCUAUCACCUGUCCGGGUCGUCCGUGGUUCCUGCUUCUAAUUCAGGUUUAGCCCAGGGACCCGGCAAGGUCCACUUUCCCUCGGUUUGA